GUUGCUGGAAGCGCAGCUCCAGGAUGAGAGAAAAGAGCACGAGGAGGAGUUAGAAGCUCUGAAAAACCAGGUGGAUGCAAUGAAAGAAGAGCUGGAGAAACAGCAGCAGGCUUUCCUGCAGACCUUGCAGCUGUCUCCGGAGGCCCAGGUAGAGUUUGGACUUCAGCAAGAAAUGACACGUCUCACCAAUGAAAAUCUGGAUCUUAAAGAAUUGCUGGAGAAGUUGGAAAAGAAUGAAAAGAAGCUGAAGAAGCAGCUGAAGAUUUACAUAAAGAAGGUCCAAGAUUUUGAAGCAUCCCAAGUUGCAGUACCGGCAGAGAGGAGGCAGCAUGAGCGUAACAUGCAAGUUGCUGUCCAGAGGAAGGAGAAAGAUUUUCAGGGCAUGUUGGAAUAUUAUAAAGAAGAUGAACCACUCCUCAUCCGAAACCUCAUUACAGAUCUCAAGCCCCAAGCAGUGUCUGCUACUGUUCCCUGUCUUCCUGCCUACAUCCUCUACAUGUGCAUCAGACACGCAGAUUACAUCAAUGAUGACCAGAAAGUGCACUCCUUGCUCACCUCCACCAUCAAUGGCAUUAAGAAAGUGCUGAAGAAACACAACGAUGAUUUUGAGAUGACGUCGUUUUGGCUGGCGAACACGUGUCGCCUCCUGCACUGUCUAAAGCAGUACAGCGGGGACGCGGGUUUCAUGACACAGAACACACCGAAGCAGAACGAGCACUGUCUGAAGAACUUUGAUCUGACCGAGUACCGCCAGGUGCUGAGCCACCUCUCCAUCCAGAUCUACCAGCAGCUCAUUAAGAUAGCAGAGAGCAUACUGCAACCCAUGAUCGUGUCUGCAGUGCUGGAAAAUGAGAGUAUCCAGGGGCUUUCUGGUGUCAAACCAAUGGGCUACAGGAAUCGCUCCUCCAGCAUGGCAGAUGGUGAAAGCUUUUACAGCUUAGAUGCAAUCAUUCGCCAGCUGAACACGUUCCACAGCGUCAUGUGUGACCAGGGUCUGGACCCAGAGAUCAUACAGCAGGUCUUCAAGCAGCUCUUCUACAUGAUUAAUGCUGUCGCCCUGAACAACCUCCUGCUGAGGAAGGAUGUCUGCUCAUGGAGCACAGGCAUGCAGCUAAGGUUUAACAUAAGCCAGCUGGAGGAAUGGCUGCAUGGGAAGAAUCUGCAGCAGAGUGGAGCAGCACAAACUUUGGAGCCCUUGAUUCAGGCAGCACAGCUUCUGCAGCUGAAAAAGAAAACCUCGGAAGAUGCCGAGGCCAUCUGCUCCUUGUGCACAUCGCUCACGACGCAGCAGAUUGUAAAGAUACUUAAUCUCUACACUCCUGUGAAUGAGUUUGAAGAACGUGUGACAGUAGCUUUCAUACGAGACAUACAGAUGCACUUGCAAGAGCGAAACGACCCUCCGCAGCUGCUGUUAGACUUCAAGCACGUGUUCCCAGUUUUGUUCCCAUUCAACCCAUCCUCCAUAACCAUGGACUCCAUUCAUCUCCCUGCUUCUCUCCACUUGGAAUUUCUCAAUAAAGUCUGA